UCCAUGAAGUUCUGUUUGGUUCAGCAUUUUCUUCUGAUCAAGUUCUGAGUUUGUUUAAAAUGGCUGGCCACUCGAUGAUCAACGAAAGUGCUGACGAUGGCUUAACGGGUGAGUUUUGGAAUCAGUUUGUGAAUUCGAAUGAAGUCGACGAUGUGGACGAGGAUGCCGUCGAUGUGAUCCAUCAACGCCGAGCGGAAUUGGCUGCACGCAACUCCGAACGAAUCAACCGCAUCAAUGCCGCCUGGAACUGUGGUCGGCCCAACAGCAUCGCCCCUGCACCGGCCCAACCAACAAGGGUUGUGACUCCUCGUAUGCCGAGCCAGGCGCCCAACCUAUCGCCGCCCACACCGGAGCCUACGAUCCCAACCCGGUCAUCAUUAUCGUCAACCAGCCAACCGAGCCUGCGGCCAGGCCCGAGCCAGCCCAGCCAGCGGCCAGGACCUAACCAGCGGCCAGGCACCAGCCAGCGACCGGUGACGAAAGCAGCACAGCCGGAACAGGAACAGGAACCGGAACAACUCUCGAGCGAGUCGAACGGAACCCACACUAUGGUCCGUUACUCUAACAACAAAAAGCGGACAACGCGUGGUGAUGACGAUGAUAGCAGCGAGGAAGCCGAGGUGCGGGAACCGGACAAACGGGAAAAGCGUCGAUCUCGCUAUCACUCCCGGAGCCGAUCGCCAAGCGCCGAGUCUCGGCGACGCCGCCAUCGUUCCCGUUCUCGGCGACGAACUCGUUCUCGUUCCCGUUCUCGUUCCCGCUCCCGGCGUUAUCGCUCACGAUCGCGAUCACGAUCCGGUUCGCGGGAUUCGCGCGGUCGUUCCCGGAACCCUAACCGUAGUAACGCCGAUCGAUCUGGGCCCAGUGGCGAGCUUAGCAUGAUGCAAACCAUGAUGACCAUGAUGAUGCAGAUGAUCGACAAAUCGUCUAAUCAACCGGCAACGGCGAAUUUUUCGAUACCGGAGGCAAUGUCCAAUCUUCGAGCAGCGGCCCCAUCCGUCCCAGAACCCAGAGCGACUUUCACCAGAAGUAGAGGGGAGGUGGCCAGCAGCUCCAUACAGACUUUUGGUUCAACAAAAACGCCAUCGGUGACCACAGCGGCCUACGAUGUUGGAACAGAGUUGUUCCUUAAGGGAGAUAUCAAUUUCGGCGAAUACCUUGCCUUGAAACCAUCGUCCCGGGAGAACAGUAUGGUGACACCGAAUCCGCAUGUUACCAGUUGCAUCAAUGAAGCUAUCACGAUCCUCGGUCGCACGGAGGCGAAGGAACAAACCGGAAAGUUCCUCUAUGUGCCACCUACGUACGAUAGUGAAGUAACCAAAAAGGAUAACCGAUCGCCGCUCAUCUGGAACACGUACAACGUACUGUUCCGCUUCUCAUCCAACCUACGGGAGGUGGAUUUGUGCGAACCGUUUCCUAACGUCAACAAAAAGCUGAAAACGGUCAUCGCGGAUCUCGGUCUCGACGAGGGCAUCAUCGCCCAUCAGCUGGAAGAAAGUGUGAAGGCGGCCAAGGCACGGGCGGCAUUAAUUGACUCUUCUUGCCAAAUUCAGGCCAUAAUUCCUCCCGCAGAACUACCGGGUCCCAGGGGUCGGCGGCAUAUGAUCGAACGUGCAGUUCAAACAUCGGGGUACGCUUGCGGCGAGUGUGUUGAGCGAUCGAAACGUACCUACACUUCUGUAGGCAUGCAAACCAAGGCCAAUAUCGUACGGCAGGCGGAUGCCGUCGUACAAACCAGCAACUUCAAUAGAGAGGAGGAGUCACGCGCUGCUAGUAUCCCGCUUACCAAUAUGACCCCGAACCAGAUUGAGCUGAUCGAAACGAUCGUGAACUACGUUCGCCAGCGACAGAUUACGGGUUCGGUCGAAAGUGUAAGCAAUGCACUGCGACGCGAUUCUGCAGCCCCCGCUGCGAUGGGAUGGGAAAUGUAUGAUUCCAUUCAGCAUACACUAGGACAAGCUGCCGGGCUGGCAAACCGGGCUAGCAUGAACACCCGAACCAUAAUGGCUCAACAACAACCAAUGCCAACAGUGCCGCCACCACCAUCCGUAGUGCUACCAACGCAAACACCGAAACCAAAUGAUCCACGCCUAGGAGCACGCGCUGGUAACUAUCGGGGCUUCCAGGGCAGCAGACAACAGCAGCAACCGGUUCAACUAGUUCCGGCUGGCUUUGCCUAUGAUGCUUCGAAGAAAAACAAGAAGAGAAAAUAGGUUUUCAAGUGCCAUAGCACAGAGACGGUCAGCGUCUUUUUAUAACCACCAUGAAUCUUUUUUUUCAGAAUUAAUGAACUAAGGAAUCGAAUAAUAAAUGAAUUUCUUUUU